UAUCAGGAUUAUAUGUAGUGAAUAAAUGUAUAGAAAAUAUUAAUGGGUAGUUCAUACAUUAUCUGACAUUGUCAGGAGGGUUAAAUUUAGUUUUUGUGACGAUAAAUUUGAACCAUACGGUGCAGUGUUACCAAACAAUAGUUAUAUUUUGUUUCCUAAUCAAUAUAUCGGGAACUUACUCUAAAAUUUUCCAAACGUCAUUGAGAAAUCUAUAUAAUAAAACCCUAACAAUAAUACAAACAAAAUCAAUAUAGUCAACGUAUUUUAAAUUAUAUGAACUGUAAACAAAACACAUUGACCGUGAAAUAAGAGCAUUAAAUAAAAAAAAAUAUUUAAAAAACCCCAAUAGGAUAAACACAGAAAUCAAAACAUGAAACGUGAUGUAACCGACGUAAACAGAGGAAUCAAAACAAAAACAAAAAGCAAUCAUAGAAAACGGACCAGACUAUUCUUGUCUCUCUUAACUCUCUCAAGUCGACUCGACGUGUUCAGUUCAGGACCAGCAUAUACUUGGACAGGUUCUCUACAUUUCGUUUCAUCAUUGUUCAGUGCUUUCUCUCGGUGUUAACUGCUCUCAAGAGUCAAGACUACUCCUGGUGUCUGUGAUAUUAUUCUAAAUCUAUAACAACACUUACACUUCCCGCCAAAAGUUGUUAAAGAUGGAUAAUGAAGGCUUGGCAGAAAACAGUAUGGAUGCUGUUGUGAAGGAAGAGAUGCGGAUGUUGAGGCAGCGACAGAUGGAGAGGCAGCGAGAGAUGGAGAUGGAGAGGCAGCGACAGAUGGACAUGGAGAAGCAGCGAGAGACGGAGAUGGAGAGGCAGCGUGAGAUGGAGAUGGAGAGGCAGCGAGAGACGGAGAUGUUGAGGCAGCGAGAGAUGCAAAUAUUGAGGCUGCGACGGAUGGAGAAGUUUAGUCGGGAGGAGAACAGACGUAUGCAGGAAGUGGAGGACAGGUGUAUGAAUCAAGAGGAGGACAGGUGUAUGAAUCAAGAGGAGGACAGGCGUAUGAAGGAAGAGGAGGACAGGCGUAUGAAGGAAGAGGAGGACAGGCGUAUGAAGGAAGAGGAGGACAGGCGUAUGAAGGAAGGGGAGGACAGACAAAUGAAGGAAGAGGAGGACAGGCGUAUGAAGGAAGAGGAGGACAGGCGUAUGAAGGAAGGGGAGUACAGACGUAUGAAGGAAGAGGAGGACAGGUGUAUGAAUCAAGAGGAGGACAGACGUAUGAAGAAGAGGAGGACAGGCGUAUGAAGGAAGAGGAGGACAGGCGUAUGAAGGAAGAGGA